CUCCGCUAAUUUUGAUUCGGUUAGUGUUAAUUAAACUUUCUAGCAGAACUAGAUGCCACCCACAUUGAAGCAGCCUGGCUUCUGAUGGAUGAAUAAAUUUGAAGUUCCUCUCAUUUGGCAAGACAGAAUUCAGUUUCCGCACUUACCACUUACUAACGAUUGUAUUUCCUUCUUCUUUUCUGGGACAUUGAAGAUGGGUGAGAACGCUGCCACCAAGAUCAACCAAAACCACCACCACCAAGUUUGUGACAUCUCUGUCGAAAUGCUUCCUCAGAGUGUCUCCAAAUGCUUCGACUCCUUUGACGACGACGGCCGCCUCAAACGCGCUGGGACCUUAUGGACGGCUAGUGCACACAUAAUAACAGCAGUGAUAGGAUCGGGAGUGCUCUCGCUGGCAUGGGCCAUUGCUCAGCUGGGUUGGAUUGCUGGCCCUGCUGUGAUGUUCCUGUUCUCCUUCGUGAGCUAUUACACCUCUUGCCUCCUCUCUGAUUGUUACCGUGCCGGCAACCCUGUCUCCGGCAAGCGUAACUACACUUACAUGGACUGUGUUCGCUCGAUUCUCGGUGGAGCAAAGGUAAAAGCAUGUGGUUUUAUUCAAUAUUUCAACCUAUUCGGAAUCGCCAUUGGCUAUACCAUUGCAGCAUCUAUCAGCAUGAUGGCGAUAAAACGCUCAAAUUGCUUCCACGAGAGUAACGGGGAGAACCCGUGCCACAUGUCGAGCACUCUGUACAUGAUCAUGUUCGGCAUCACAGAGAUUCUGCUGUCCCAGAUUCCGGAUUUCGAUCAAAUAUGGUGGCUAUCUAUUGUGGCUGCAAUCAUGUCCUUCACUUACUCUUCGAUUGGUCUAGGCCUAGGAAUUGCCCAAGUUGCAGCUAGCGGAAGUUUCAAGGGUAGGCUUACCGGAAUAAGCAUUGGAGCUGUGACUGAAACCCAAAAGAUAUGGAGGAGUUUCCAAGCUCUUGGAGAUAUUGCCUUUGCGUACUCAUUUUCUGUCAUCCUUAUUGAAAUUCAGGACACCAUCAGAUCCCCACCAUCAGAAGCAAAGACCAUGAAGAAGGCUACUUUUCUGAGCACGGCGGUGACAACUACUUUCUACAUGCUCUGUGGCUGCAUGGGCUAUGCUGCUUUCGGUGACGCCGCUCCAGGAAAUCUUCUGACCGGCUUCGGUUUCUACAACCCAUUCUGGCUUCUUGAUAUUGCCAAUGCUGCUAUUGUGAUCCAUCUUGUUGGAGCAUACCAAGUGUACUGCCAGCCGAUUUUUGCCUUCGUCGAGAAACAGGCUGCCCAGAGAUGGCCUGAUAGAGAGUUCAUCGCCAAAGAGAUAAAGGUCACGGUGCCGGGCUUGGGCCAAUACAACAUGAACCUCUUCAGGCUUGUUUGGAGGACGAUUUUCGUGAUCUUGACCACCGUGAUAUCAAUGCUACUCCCAUUCUUCAACGAUGUCGUGGGGAUCCUUGGUGCCUUGGGAUUUUGGCCUCUAACGGUGUAUUUUCCGGUCGAGAUGUACAUUAAACAUAAACAAAUUCCCAAAUGGAGCACCAGAUGGGUAUGCCUCCAAAUGCUGAGCAUGGCCUGUCUUGUGAUAUCGAUCAUGGCAGUUGCGGGUUCGAUCGCAGGAGUUAUGCUAGACCUUAAGACUUAUCAGCCAUUCAAGACGAGCUACUAAACAAAUGCAUGGACAUUUAGUUGAUCGGCCAUUUAAGAAGAAAGAAAAUAGUAUCAUUCAAGUUUCCAGUUUCAUUGUGCACAAUUCCUUCAAGUGGGUGGUGUUAGUGUGGUUUGCAUC